UAAAAAAAAAAAUUUUUGUUGUUUUAGUUCCCUGGUGAUACAUAAAACAAGAAGAGUACAGUUCAAGAAAUUGUAAGACAAGAGUUUGUUAUCGGAAAGAAGUGCUGAAGAUUAUAGCAAUUCACAGAAAUGGCUAGCGCGUUGAAAAGAUUUUCCACAGAUGAUGAAGAGCGUGAGUUGGGUUUCGGAGAGCGGAUGAAAUUAUGCUGCAAAUUUCAUUGGCGUGGAUGGGUGAUCUUCUUAACACCUUUAAUUUUCUUGCCAAUUUGUUUUAAGACACCACGUGCCGCUUUUAAGUGCUUGUAUGUCAUAUUAAUAAUGGCUGUUUAUUGGAUAACCGAGUGUAUUCCAGCUGCGGGAACUGCUAUGAUACCAAUAGCUUUUUUCCCACUUCUAGGAAUAAUGGAUAAUAAACCAGUGUGUAUGGCUUAUUUAAAAGACUCCACCAUGUGGUUCUUUGCUAGCUACAUAGUUUCAUUAGGAUUGCAGCACAGUUUAUUGAGUAAUCGCAUUGGUCUGUGGAUGUUGUCAAAAUCUUCCCAAAGUCCAAAAGCGAUAUUGCUUAUUUUUAUGAUUUUUACUGCAAUUUUGUCGAUGUGGAUUCCAAAUGCCGGCGCUGCCGCUAUAGCAUCUGUAAUUUUACGUGCACUAUUAGAUGAUAUGGCCGGUCAAGGAAGCCUUAAGGUUAUUACAGACGAAGAAGUGAAAUUUGAAACUCAUCCACCAUUUCCCUCAAAGAUUGCUAUUGGUUUAUUCAUGGGUGUAGCUUAUGCCGCUUCGAUUGGAGGUGCAACUACUCUGAUUGGAACUGAUACGAACAUCAUGUUCGUGGGAGUUUACGAAUCAACCUUUCCAGAAAGCGAUGACAUUAAUUUCGUUAAUUUCCUUAUCAUAUCCUUGCUACCCUUUAUUCUUAACCUGAUUUUCACAUAUGUAUGGUUAAUGCUGAUAUAUACUGGCGGUGACGAUGUAAAGGCGGCUACUACUCCUGAGGCGGCUGCUGCUUUUAAAAAUUCCGUUAAAAAUAAACAAACUGAAAAUGGUUCAAUGUCCUGCCAUGAGUUUCAGGUUUUAGUUUUGAUAAUUAUUUGGAUUGUUGCAACGAUCACACGUAAACCAGGCUUUAUGGCUGGCUGGGCAGAAAUUUUAAAUAAAAAACAGAUACUACUUUCCGUACCCGUAAUGUUGAUUGUUGCAUUGUUGUUUAUGAUACCGGUUAAUUAUUCUUUCUUCAAGUAUUGCCUUUGUAAAAGACCAAAUCCCGAAGGAACUUUGGCGUCUCUAAUGACAUGGAAAGUAGUUCAUUCUCAACUACCAUGGGGAAUGUUUCUUGUAGUUGGUUCCGCUUUUGCUAUUUGUGAGGCUAUGAAAUCCAGCGGUUUAUCUGUUCAAAUCUAUAAUCUAUAUGCUAAAUUUGGGGACAUGCCUCAAGCUAUGGCUCAAGGUGUUUGUAUAGUUGUGGCAGUGAUCUUUACGUCUGUAACUGCUAACUCUGGUAUGGGAGCUAUAUUAAUGCCAACAAUUGCACAAUUGUCCCAAACUAUUGAUUGUCAUCCAUUGUAUAUUAUGCUGCCAACAACAAUUGCCCAGAGUAUGGCCUUCCACUUGCCUGCCAGUUCACCUCCGAAUGCUAUUGCUGCUGGGUAUGGCAAUGUACGAGCCAAAGAAAUGAUGCUUGCCGGUAUUGGACCAACAAUUAUCACAAUUAUAACUACAUUCAUCGCUGCACAAGUAGUUGCACCUAUGUUUAUAGAGAAUUAUACAUCUUAUCUGAAAUUCUCUGCAGAUCACAUUUAAAUAAAUUUUCUUAUAACAAAUUAACACUAUCACACCUCACAAACACUCAAAAUACACAAAGAACACUUCAUUUUCGAUCAUUUUGUAGUUUUAAUUUCUUUUUUUUAGUUCAAGAUUCAAUUUGAAGAAGAA